UCAUUAGCAAGGUGACUCUACCAACAAAAGUAAUCGGUCUUUCGAACACCUGGGCACCACGUAGAGCCUGUGAGCUGCUGUUUCACGGGUGAAAUCGCGGUCCUUGUUGGUGAGGCUGCAGGCAGAGAUCAAACGCCAGAGCCCGCCGUUCCCUCAGGAUUGUUCUGCCGUUCCGCGCCCUCAGCGCCCACCGGGACCUCCCGGCCGGGCGGCGCUGUGCGCGCGCUCCAUGGCGCCGGGGCCGCUCUGCCCGCGCUCUAUGGUGCUGCCGCCGCUCUGCUCUCGCUCCGCGCCGACCGUGCCGCUGUUUCCCCCCUCCGUGGCCGUGCCGCCGCUCCGCCCGGGCCGCCUGUAGCCGCCCUCGUCCCCGCCGUCCCCUGUGUGCCCGCUGUGCCCUCAGCCCCGGCCCGCCGUGCCCCCGCCCUGCGCGGCCGCCCGCCCGUCUCUAUGCCCCGCGCGUUCCCGGCGGGGCGGGCGGGAUGUGGCGGCUGCUGCUGGGCCGGGGCCGCUGCGCGCCCACCCCCGCCCGCCCCGCCUGUGCCCCCGGGCUGGGCGGCGGCCGCGGCCACAGCCCCGAGCGGGCGCCCUCGUGUCAGGAUGGCCCGGAGCGAGGAGGACGGCGGCAGGCGCUGCCCGGCCUGGUGCCCCGCUACUCGGUGCGGGAGGCCGUCACCUGGGGAGCCGUGGGCGCGCUGCUGCUGCAGCUGCUCCGGCACAUCGCGUGGCUCAGGUCGCUGCCGGACGCCCGGACAGAGCGAAGGCUUCCCUGGCGUUCCUCGCUGCCCCCCCAGCCCGCAGUGGUGACCGAUGCCUCAACCAGCUGUCCUGGCGAACAGCUGGGCUCCCAGGUCCUGCAGAAAACAAGUCCAGAGGCUGUCGCAGAGAAUUCAUCCUCAGGCAUCCCCUCGGGGCAAGGGGAGAGCCAGCCCUGGGCAGCAGCAGGGGAAUUCCAAAUCCCUGUGAGCUCCAGGGUGGGGCCAGUUCUCCACAGUGCAAAGGGUGACCCAGCUCAGCGAGGGCAUUUAGAGGAAGCCGCUUUCCAAUUGCAGCAGAUUUUCCGAAUUGAUAUUUCCAUUGCAUUGAAUAUCCUUGGCAUCGAGAGCAUGAGGGCGGGGCACUGCCGAGCAGCCUUCACCUGCUUCAAACUGGCGGCGGAUCGGGGCUACAGCAAAGCGCAGUUCAACGUGGGGCUGUGCUACGAGCACGGCAGGGGCACGGAGAGGGACUUGGAAAAGGCAGGUUUUUAUUACUGCCAGGCAGCCAGCAGCCAUCACCCCAUGGCCCAGUACCGCUACGCCAGGUACCUGCUCCAGCACGGCCCUGGCAGCUUCUGGGACAGGCAUUGCAAGGCUGUGGCACUCCUGGAGCGAGCAGCAGGGGCUGGCAUCACCGAGGCACAGGCUUAUCUUGGAGUGUUCUACAUGACAGGGCUGCAGCCCCAGGAGAAGAGAGGUCUGAAGUACCUGCUGCAGGCAGCAAACAGUGGGGAUGCCCAGAGCAGGUACCACGUGGGCGUUUGCUACGAGCAGGGCCUGGGGGUGCAGCAGGACGUGGCGGAGGCGCUGAGGCACUACCGGCAGUCGGCAGCCGCUGGGAACAGGCAGGCCCAGGAGAGGCUGCGGGCGUGGGAGCAGGAGCUGCAAGAUGAGCACACAAAGCAUCCAUUCCUUUCAGGAUUAAGAGCCUCCUCCUCCAGUCCCGAUUUCUGGACUAUCGAACCUGUGUCUACAGUUCUCCACAGCAGCCAGCCAGGACAGUGUGGCCUAAGCCUGCCCCACUCCUGGAGCACAGGCAGGCUGCACAUGAUGCUGCUGAGCAGCGCAGGAUGGGGCCGUGCCUUCGGAGCCAGGGCAGUGCCACUGCAGCUGCAGGGCUGGGAGCCCCAGCACUGCUGGCACUAGAGCAGGCAGUCAGUGACACAAGCAGGCAGAGGGCAAGGCAGCCCUGGGGUUGGCUGGAACCAGGCUGGCAGUGAAUGGAAAGGGAAAGCUCUCUGCUCAAGGAACAGGGGCAUUUUUAAACACCUUGGGUUUGAGAAUAAACCUUGUGGUAUCUCCUA